AUGGCAUACGAGUUUCCACAACGCAUACUUGAAGAAGGAUCUGAGACGCAAAUUGAUAAGAUUAACAACACGUGUAGAAGUACAAUUCUGGAGGAAGUAAAGGGUGUUCUCAACAUUGAGUAUGACGAAGUUUUGAAAGAUCCUGUCUUCGGUCCGCUUUUGGCAAUCAUAGAGAACAAGCUCAUAUACUCAGGGAAGAUCAUUCACAGCUUCAUAUGCAAGCAGCUCAAGGUUUCGAAGCUUCACGAGCUGUGGUUUCUAUUUGCAAAGAGGCCUCUUAGGUUUUCUGCGCAAGAAUUUCAUGAUGUGUCAGGAUUGAAGUUCAAAGAUGAACCUGACAUAAACUUCCAUGAUUGGAAGGAUGAUAAGGGGUUCUGGAGCAAUGUGCUGAGGAAAAAUAGAAAGGUCAACUUAUUCAUGAUAAGGACGAAUCUUCUUCACGAAUGCAACAAGUGGACGUAUGUGGACAGGGUUAGGCUAGUGUAUCUGUGUGUCAUACAUGGAUUCCUCAUAGCUAAGGAUUCAAGAGUGUUCAUCCCUCAUGAAUACAUCCGUUUGGUGAUGGAUUUUGAGAAGAUGAGGAUGUAUCUGUGGGGUCUUCACGCAUAUGACGAGCUGUUUGCAUCAAUACUCAAAGCAAGGAGAGAUUUGCAUCUGAAGAACAGUUACGUGUUGGAUGGAUUCUCCUAUGCGUUUCAGAUAUGGGUUAUGGAGGCAAUCCCAGACAUUGGUAGUAUGGGAGAGCUGUUCUCAUUUAUAUCUGCUACUGGGAACAAUGAUGUGGUUGUUAGCACUGAGUUCUAUAGGGAAGAUGAGAAGAAAGAUGAACGAGUUGGUCGUAUUGUUACUCUUCUCAAUGCCAAACAGGAUUGGACGGAAUUCGUAUGGGAAGUCGAGGCUUUGCCUCCAACUUUGGAGCUUUCUGAUUCAGAAAAGUAUGGAGAGAAUGUUGAAGUCGAAGAUGUCACAGAUACACAUGUAGAGGAACCGGCUGUUGUUGCAAGAAGGGGGAAGCGUAAGCUAAAUGAUCCUGGUGCGGAAGCUCGAAAGAAAGAAUUGCUUUGUCAACGGGCGGCUGAACAUAACAGUGGUAUCUCCAGUGGAAUGAAGACUUUCAUUGAAGGUUUGUUCACCUCUGCUUUCAACUCUUUCAAGGAGGUGGUGCAGAAUGACAUCCAAGAGCGUUUUGAGAACGUCCAGAAAGAGAUGGCUGAGCUUAAGCAAGCAGUGUCACAGAUUCCGGGUCCUUCUGAUACAAUGGGAAAAGACAGCGCAUCUGAGAUUCCUUGUCCUUCAGCAACAAUGGGGAAAUCAUCACAGAGUUUGUGUCCUGCAGCAACAAAGGAAAAAGGCAAAGGCAAGGUUGAGGAGAGUGUGGUUCCUCCUAUGGUUCGUCGUAGCCCUCGGCAAGGAAGAAAGGUGAUUGAAACCGAAACUGAUGAUAUGAUGGAUUUUUUGAAGAAUUUGUCACAAUCAUCUACCCAUGGGGAACCUUCAUCGAAAAAAGAAGAAAUGAGCACACAAGAGUAUUUACAAGACGCCAUGGGGAACCUUUCUCAAGUAUCACAUGUUAAAGGUUCCGAUCCCUCACAAAAAACGAGUGAUGAAGAAUCACCUAAAUGGGUUACUCCAUUAUCAUCCUUGAAGCCUGGAGAUUGGAGAACACCCACUCUCAAAGAUAUGGAAUUACCUGAGGACCGGGUGAACGACGACGACUACUCAUUAGUGUUUGUCCCAGAGGAUUCAUGGGCCAAACUGAUUCAUUGGCACCUUAAAAUUGGACCUUCUAUGUACACAACUGAGUUAGCAGAACGUGUUAUGGGACCUGCAGUGUGGCUGCAAAAUCAAAAUUCUUACGUAGAGUUCAAGAAUGACAGAAAAAAAUUCAGGGUAGAAGGACUACUCCACCAAUACGGAAUUGGUGAACUUCCUUCACAUGAACGAACAAGAUCAGUGUGGGAUCUUGAUGUCAAUUGUAUGUAUGUGCCUCUUCUUGUACACGGUAACCACUGGAUCUCUAUGUGUGUUAACUUUGUUACUCGUUCCGUAGAGGUUUUUGACUAUGCGGGACUGAAACACAACAAGGACUUGGAGCCAUUUGCCCAUCUCAUCCCAAGAAUUGUUAAAGCCGUGCAGUCUUCAGAGAAGAGGGGAUUUACCGUAAAGCCUUAUGAUGUCACUUACGCUCCAAUGCCCUUCUUCCUAAACAAGACUAGCAGCGAUUGUGGAGUAUAUGCGUUGAAGCACAUUGAAGCACAUCUUCUAGGCAUGGAUUUAACGUUGGUGAAUGACGACAACAUUCGUGAAGCUCGCCACAAGAUUGCUUAUGACCUAUGGGAAACUGCUAAUGAUCCUGAGCUUAUUUCGAGAAUGGGAAUGUUUGUUCCUCCGAAGGCUACAACUUCUCCUACGGUUGAGAUUGUAUAA